AUGAGCGGCGAGGGAGGCGAAGGGCGCGACACGUUCGAGUACGAGCCACGGCCCAAUAUGCUCGAACAGCGUGAGCUAAGGAAAGAGUACCGCGCACUCUUGGCGUCGGCACAGACCACGCGCCGCCAUCUCCCAGAGAGCUCCAUCGCCGAUGUCGGCGACAUGGUGCGCAUGGGCGACGAACUGUACUCGAAAGUCAAGGCACCUACUGAUAGCCUGCUCGACUCGCGCUUCCUGCUGAGCAUGUCGGAUAUGGGCGCGGAAAUGACGCGCACGCGGCGCGUCGGCGCCGACGCGUUCGACAUGGACGACUACAUGCACCGAGUCGCGCAGUUUAUCGGAGGACACGUCGUCAGCGGCCGCACACGGCAGACCGCGAGCGAAGCCGAGUUUGUUUCCGGCGAUACCGAGCUCUGGGACUGGGACAAGCUGGGGUCGGUCGCCGCGCAGCAUUCGCGCCGUGCCCCUAUCCCUGAAUUCCUCCUUGGACCGCUGCAAGUCGUGCCAAAGAGCCGCAGGACGACGCGCACGUCGCGUCUCGAUGCGGGCGCCGAGCAUGUCGCGCCGCAGCAGCUGGCCGCCGACGACAUUACGCAGUCCGAAAACGAGACGUCGCGCCUUGUGCUCGAGAUUGCCAAGCGCCUCGAGGCGGCUUCCGGAGACGACGGCGUGUGUCUCUUUCGCUUUGCGCUCAACCCAGAGAGCUUUAGCAAUUCGGUGGAAAAUUUGUUCUACAUCAGCUUUCUGAUCCGCGACGGAAAAGCGGCGAUUCUCGAGGACGACCAAGGCGAUCCCCGCUUGAUGAGCACCUACGAGCCGACAGAAGAGGACCGCAACGCGGGCCUCACGCGCCGUCAAAUUGUCUUGGAACUCGACAUGGCGACGUGGCGCGAGCUGUGUGCGCUCUAUGGCGUCACACAGCCCAUGAUUCCGACACGCGAAGAGGCGCAGGCACCGACGAGUGCUACGGCGUGGUAUGGGUAA